AUGUGGAAACGCCAGAAAACGAGAGACGAUUUGAACUACGAUGCUCUGAUUAAGACAGCAUUGACGGGUCAUUUGGGGGAAGCUGUAAGAGAAGUGCAACGACAACAACAGCAACAACAACAGCAAUCGACGGCGGUUGUGGAAGGGAAUAGCGAGUCGGCUCACACGCUGUGUUGCGUAUUGGAAGCCUUGUUUAUCCAUCGAUUGCGCGAUUCGUUCAUCGAUAAAGUUUCAAGCGUAUUCUCUGGCGAUGUGAUUCGCCAACCGUCACCCAACUUUUGGCCUUUCUUGCUUGGCUUUUCUCAUCGCCAUUCGGUCGACUACCUGUCCGAUUCUUGCCCAUGGUUGCGGACCGAUAUUGGCCGUUGUCGUGGAUGGAUUCGGCUCGUCCUCAACGACGGCAUGUUCACCAGCUACCUUGACCUUUUAGCUGGCGAGCGUCGACUUCUCGGGGAUUUCUAUGAACGUCAAGCGUAUCUGCGUGACCCGGAGCAUCUUGAUAUAGCUCGAAAGCUAUUAAGCGGCCUAGAAAUGCUUCAAUUCCGUUUGGCCGUCAAUAGUAGCAUGUUGAACAACUGGAGCACAACCCCGCUACUUCUUGCUGGACUUUGGUCGCCUCCAACUCCUCUUGUCCAUGAGGCUGUCGUUCAAGGUGUGGACGCGGCACUUUGUUUCACGGACGAGGACGAGACGCUCCAGCCCAUCAAGCAACGAAACGCGUUGACUAAAAGCUUGGCGGCAGCUAACGUUCCGAAGGUUGACGAAGAUAUGGCUUUUCGUUUGAUUAUUGAAUCAGAUAGAAACAUACCUAGCGGCAUGCGGGCGCAUUUGCAAUCACCACCGAAGCCCAUUGCAUCAGCCGUUGUGGCCUCUUCAGAGAUCAGACACUCGCAAUCGCUUCCGGCUUCCCAUAUCGCUGAAAUACCGGAAGAUGUGGAUUCGCAAAUUGUUCAUGUUACACGUCUACGAUUGAAAAAUAGUCGGGCUGCCAGUCCGGCUGUGGAAGAAGUCAAACAAGAUGAACCGCCGGAAGCGUGUCCGCCACAGUCUCUGGCAGAAGAGAUUGCGGCUGUUGAUGGGUUGGCUGAUGUAGUCCAUGAUUCGACUGACGAUCCCGUCGAAGACAAGAAUCAUGAUGAAGAAGCUUCUACGUUUGAAGAUUUGUUAGAAGAUUAUUCAAACUUCAACAUCGGCAGCAAUUCAUUGGUGAAAUCACCAAACUAUUCGCCGAGUGGAACUUCAUCCGUUACGAGAGAUAGUUCUCCCGAAGAGAAAUUCGAAAUUAUUUCUGACAAAAAAGAUCAUAAAUCGCCAUUGGCGUCGUUGCUGUUGACAUUGAAUCAUGAAAGUAACCUUGUCAAGCAAAACUAUCAAUGCGCUGGAUGUACAAGGCCGAUUGGCUUAAUCUACGGUACCGCUCGUGUUUGUAACUUUACUGGUGGCCUAUACUGUCCCGACUGUCACAGCGAUACGGACGAAGUUAUUAUUCCCGCUCGCGUCUUCCUCAACGGCGAUUGGUCUAAGCGCAAAGUUUGCCGCGCCGUGCAUCAAUUCUUCCGUGAGAUCGAAGUCGACCCUUCGUUGGACGCCAUUCAAUUUGAUCGCAACAUCUACGCUUUUCAGUGCGAGUUUUCUGCUUUGCUCAACGUACGAUCGCAAUUGCAACACCUCUCUGCCUUCCUCCUGACUUGCCGAACUGCUGAUGUUGGCCAAGAAUUUCGCAAACGCAUUUACGGCAAGGAAUACCUUUACAAUCAUCAGCACACGUACAGUUUGGCUGAUUUGCCUCUCAUACAGUCUGGUCAGCUUCUUCAGCAAUUGACCAAAUUAUUUCAGUUUGGCAAGCAACAUGUGGCUGCGUGCAAUCUGUGCUUGAUGAAAGGUUUUUUGUGUGAAGCCUGCCGUUCGGAUGUGGUCAUAUUCCCUUUUGACUUGGAAACGACCUUUCGAUGCGCGUAUUGCGGUGCCGUGUUCCAUUCUGAAUGCAUGGAUCGCUUCAGGCCAUGCCCGAGAUGCGAGCGGUGGAAAAGCAGAGAAUUGAAUCGGAAAGUGGAAGAAUCGGAGUCGGAUCAAGAACUAUGACAUGACAGAUCUAUACGUUUAAUAGUUCGAAUUUGUUAUGCAAAAAAUCUAUGAAAACUAUGUGUUUACAUACUGCCAAAUGUUUAUGUGUCUUUAAGUAGUGUUGGGAAAUCGUCUCGUGGCGCCCUGAGCAUUUCUAUGCAGUGCAACUGUUAUUUGAAAUCGGUUUGAAUCGUGACGAAUACACUUAUCGUUCAUCUAAAUAAA